GCGGAUUUUUAUUUUUUGCAAAGAUUAUUUUUGUUGUUUAAAAUACAAGAAAAGACGCUCUAACUCUGCGCGAAUCCCACUCCUUUAAAUUUGCAAAAAGUUUGCAAUGAAUGUUCAGUGUUUCUGCCAAUGUGUGGGUUUCUCCUCUAAACAUAAAUAGGAGUUUGGAAUUUAUAGUUCUCAAACCCAGGAUCAAUUAUAUUUUCAAAUUGAAAAUUUCAAAUGGACUGUUCUCGAAAUUUGAAGUGAUCUUCCAUUUCUAGAGGAGCAUUCACGAUUUUAUCCUUUAUAUGAUAAAUAAUGUGGAAGAUAUUAUUGUUUUUCUUACUUGAAAAGUGGUCAAUUCUAACAAUUUCCUCCAUUGUUUCAGAAGCAGAAACCCGCAAGUCACAGUUUAGAGAAAACACAAAUAUUAUUCUGAGUAUCACAUUCUUCCUGGAUGGCCAUCCACAGUUCUGUGCUGCCACCCUAGUUCUUAUGCUGGUGCCCAACGCCAUAGUUCAAAUAUUCUCCGCUAGAUGGAACCAGUUGGACGAAUAUUCAUCAAAACCUAUAACAUGCAUUCAUGGCAUGCUGCUGGGAACCCUCCAUAGGUAUUACCGUGUGCUGACCCUGGGUCUUGUUGCCCGUAGUUCGGAUGAUGAGGUCGAUUAUCAGAGAUAUUAUCAACAAUGGUCAGAUAUAUGUAUGCUUAGGUUAUUUGAUUCGUUUAUGGAGUCUGCCCCACAGCUAGUAUUUCAACUGUACGUCCUAAUCGAGGUCUCUGAUUGGUCAACAUUUAAUGUGACUUGGACCUGUGUAUCGGCAGUAGCCAGCAUGGUCAGCUUGGGUUGGGGGGUUGCAGCCUACAGCCAGGCCCUCAGUGCCGGGCCAACCUCGGUCAACAACUUAACAGCAGUUUGUUCAGUUUACAUACGGACUAAGAAGGCAAAAAGGGACGGAGCUCACUGGUUAUUGAUGACGGGCUGGGUGAUCUGGCAGAACACAGACUUCUGCACAAACAAGAUGGAGGAGAGGUUGUACAACGCCGUGGUUGGGGUCAUCUACUGCUUCUGCUUCUUCAAUCUCAAGGAGGGCAGGUCCAGGUACCGAAUGAUCUGCUUCUACCUGAUAAUGUUCCUAGAGAACACCGCCUUCCUGGCGGCCUACUACUGGUGCUCCCACCACACCCCCGGGAUACCGGUCACCUGGUUCAGCCUCGGGGCAUUGGUUAUCGUCCUCGGAGGGACAGCAGUCGGACUUAUCAGCCUCGCUUUGUAUUACAGAUACUUUCAUCCUGCUGGACCCAUUUAUCCAUGUGGAGGAAACCCUAGGGAGAAACCUGACCUUGAGAAGGCAGUUUCAGUCCAGAGUCCUGAUUUUACGAUCAAGGACGCGACUUAUCUGGAUGAGAAGGACGGAUCUCUCUCCAGGUCCCUGGAAGAACAAGACAGAUCCAAGAAGAGUUUAAAACACUCCCGCUCCUUUAAGUACUCUACUCAGACUAAAGUUAUGGUGCGAGGAGGUAAAAACUCUCCGGUAGUACUGAGCGCCCUAGAUCUUAUCAAUUCAUCCAACGGAUCCAACGGGCCAUCUUCUCCGACUGAGGAAUGUAAAAUCUCCGAGAGGCUUGACUCCGCUUACGGAACGGAUUCAAACCGAACUGCAUCCAGAAACACAGAAUCCAGUCAUACCUUUCCUCUUGUGGAGAAAUCUCCAACCGAGAGCUAUGCAGUUGCAAACCAGAACAACUCCGGGUCCACUUUACACCAGGAUAGGUCCAGCUCCUCUCUACACAACUGCUCUGUUUCCUCCGCUGCCUUUAACAAUGAAACCUAUAUGUCUAUUGACGGAUCUAGUCAGCACGCAGAUCAGUCCUACAUGUCUCUCUCCUCCCCCACCCUAACACAGGGAGCUCAGAACCAAAACAAUACCUAUCAAUCCGUCCAUCCUAUGUCCGACACCUCCCUGAGAUCGGAACAAAACACUAGUCAAGGUUCUCAGACCUCACGUAUUACCGUAAUAGAUAACACCGCCUCAACACCGAAGCGUCCUCAGAAAGAUUUAUUAAAACGAUCUCCCGUACUCAGGGAUAUAACGGAGGGGUUUACUCCCAUCCCUCCAGUAUCAAGGAAGGAUGAGUCCGACCUAAGUGAUGAUAAGGAGAAGGGUAAGGAAAGAUUGCACGCUCCUCUCACCAUUAUCAUUCCUAAUAUCAGCAAUCAGGCAGUGACUAAAAGUAACUCUAGUUCUCCAGAUCAAUGGUCUGAUAAAACUAUAUCCCUGGAUAUUCUCAACCCCGGAGCUAAUUCCAAGGAUUUAUCAUCCUUCUCCAACCAUGAUUAUGAGAACCUAGCUCUAGUGAAUAUAAACCGUGCUCCUAUAGAUGCUCAGCACUGGAGAACCUACAGUGAUAUGGCAAACAGUAGACAUGAUGAGAGUACUAAAUAUGAGAGAAAUAAACUUAAUUUUACCUCCAGCUCGGACUACAGUAACUACAGUACCCUCGCUUUCUGUGAUAUCUACCCCCUGAGUAAAGCCAUGAAAGACCAACUCUACCGAUCUCUAACCCCUGUUUCCACCACGGCAACUAUGGCGUCUAGUCUGGAUACAUCUGACUCCAACCAUACCUACGAACCUAUAGAGACCGCCCAAGAGAUGUCUCGAAACGUCCACUCCGCCCCGCUCACGCUCAUUCAUCAUGAUGGGCGGAAGGUUACGGCGAAUAGGAUCGUAUCCUUAGAGACGCUUCGUGAAACCUUGCAUCAACAUGAAUCCGUACCAUUUGAUGACCCGGAGAGCCGGGGGGAUUUAUACAUCCUUGCUCCGAUGAGACUUUUAACUCCGGUCCUUGAGGAAUCAGAUUCAGAUCUGACAAGAUCAAAACUCUACCAAUCCCUCGCCAGUAUGAGUACAAAUAGUCAAAUGUACUCAGACAUGGAUACCUCCAUCAUGUCGAUCAUCUCGGAGGUGCUAAACGUCAGGUCGGAGCAAAGAUCUCAACGAACCCUGAUAUCCGACCGAUCCCAACCCAAACUCCCUCCGAUCGAGGAGGAUAGUUUAGAUACCUGCUCCCUGCUCCACACUAUAGAGGAGAUAAGGAACAGCUCUCUAUGCAACCUGUAUUACUCCUCUAGCUCCGACCUAAGCAAACCAACCGUUCCUCUUGUUCCUCCGCGGAACACCCUAGGGUACGAAUCCUUGAUCAAGGAGAACCAGGAGAGUAAAUCUGGGAGCAAGGUUGUAUUACCAGAAUCUGAAGAUCUCAACAAUACAAUUAAAUCUGUUCACUCAAAUACGCUAGUUGUAACUCCACCAACAGUCAGAGCACAGAAAUCUAAACCCACCCCGCUUAAUGUGAAGGUAGGGGUGAGAAAAAAUAUUCUGAACCUUGUAGGAAGUACAAACGAUAUUUUGAACACCCCCAAGAGAGUUAAACUGCUCGGAUCGGAGAAACUGACUCUCCCGACGGAGUCGAACCUUCUCUCCGACUCACUGGUGAGCGAGAAGAACGAGUUCAAAUCACUCAUGCCCCAUCUCACCACUCAGGGGGUCAAGUUCCUUAGUAAAGUUAAAGCGACCUCUGGAACAGAGAGUGACCUUGAGACCUCCAACUCCACCAUCCUCUCUUCCAGAUUCAACCCGGACUUUAGUACCUUCACAGCCACCCCCUCUCCUAAACCUUUUGUCAGAAACGUGGGAAACAAUAUCCUCCCAAAGCGGAAAUUUUCCGUCCCCCACCAGCGGUUCGAAUCCGCAGACGAUAAUAGUGACUACAAGUACGGAUUUAUGCCGGAGAAUCCGGACGCAAAAUACGGAUUCGGAGUUUUUGGAACAGAGAAUUACAAUCUUGUAGAGACGGCAAAGCUGUGUAACAGCUCCCUACGAGAGUCAGGACGGAGUCAAUGCGUCCCUGCUCCGGUUAGUGCUAAUUCUUACAGUCUCUCCGUCCUAAACCGAGGAGAUAAAGAUUUUAAACUUCAUCCCGAUGAACAAUACGCAAACUUUCAUCGAAACUGGGUCUCAACUUCCCUUCAUAAACAGUCAGGAAAACAGGGAAUCGGCGGCCGUACGGACACAAAUCGUCGAUCCAUGUCAAUACUGGACGAUUACGAAGAAAAGGAGAAUAUCGGACCGGACCGGCCGGCACCUCCACCAAAACGUCGGCCGUUAGCCACCGUUAAUAAAACUAGUCCCAUGAAAAUUUUAGGGAACAAUGUACGGUUGCCAGACACACGUGUUUAUAGACUAAACCCUGAAAGAACAGCCCUGUCUCCGAAACCCAAAUUAUUUCGAAAAAGAUGUGAUACAUAAAAUACACGAUUUUUAAACUUAAUAAUUAUGACAUUAUACAUCCCUGUAUAUACACUACGUGUACCUUAUAAACAGUUAUUGUUAAAUUAGAUUUUUGUUAUUCUAGCUUUUAAAUAAAUAAUUAGUUGAUAUAUAUUAUAUCUAAAACUAAA